CCUCCUGGUGAUAAGGCGGGGAGGGCUGCCCUCCUGGAGGAAGCUCCAAAGAGAAAGCAGAGGGCAGGAAGCGGCCCAGCGCCAGCAGGUGUGCAGCGAGGCCCACCUGCAGCCCCGAUCCUUCGCUGGCAAGAAGCAGCCGCAGCCAUGGCGGGGAUGAAGACGGCCUCCGGGGACUACAUCGACUCUUCCUGGGAGCUGCGCGUGUUUGUGGGAGAGGAGGACCCCGAGGCCGAGUCGGUCACCCUCCGGGUCACCGGGGAGUCACACAUUGGCGGGGUGCUCCUGAAGAUCGUGGAGGAGAUCAACCGCAAGCAGGACUGGUCGGACCACGCCAUUUGGUGGGAACAGAAAAGGCAAUGGCUGCUGCAGACGCACUGGACGCUGGACAAGUAUGGCAUCCUGGCCGAUGCACGCCUCUUCUUCGGGCCCCAGCACCGGCCGGUGAUCCUGCGGCUGCCCAACCGCCGCGCCCUGCGCCUCCGCGCCAGCUUCUCCAAGCCCCUCUUCCAGGCCGUGGCCGCCAUCUGCCGCCUCCUCAGCAUCCGGCACCCUGAGGAGCUGUCCCUGCUUCGGGCUCCGGAGAAGAAGAAGAAAAAGAAGGAGAAGGAGCCGGAGGAGGAGGUGUAUGACUUGACCCAGGUGGUCCUGGCUGGGGGUGUGGCACCUGUGCUGUUCCGGGGGAUGCCAGCCCACUUCUCAGACAGCGCCCAGGCCGAGGCCUGCUACCACAUGCUGAGCCGGCCGCAGCCGCCGCCCGACCCGCUGCUGCUGCAGCACCUGCCGCGGCCCAGCUCCCUGCUGGACAAGACCCAGCUCCACAGCAGGUGGCUGGACUCGUCGCGCUGCCUCAUGCAGCAGGGCGUCAAGGCCGGGGACAUGCUCUGGCUGCGCUUUAAGUACUACAGCUUCUUCGACUUGGAUCCCAAGACAGACCCUGUGCGGCUGACCCAGCUGUACGAGCAGGCUCGCUGGGACCUGCUGCUGGAGGAGACCGACUGCACCGAGGAGGAGAUGAUGGUGUUCGCAGCCCUGCAGUACCACGUCAACAAGCUGUCCCAGAGCGGGGAGGUGGGCGAGCCAGCCGGCACAGACCCAGGGCUGGACGACCUGGAUGCAGCCCUGAGCAACCUGGAGGUGAAGCUGGAGGGGUCGGCGCCCACGGAUGUGCUGGACAGCCUCACGGCCAUCCCAGAGCUCAAGGACCAUCUCCGAAUCUUCCGGCCCCGGAAGCUGACCCUGAAGGGCUACCGCCAGUACUGGGUGGUGUUCAAGGAGACCACACUGUCCUACUACAAGAGCCAGGACGAGGCUCCGGGGGACCCCAUUCAGCAGCUCAACCUCAAGGGCUGUGAGGUGGUCCCUGAUGUCAAUGUCUCAGGCCAGAAGUUCUGCAUCAAACUCCUAGUGCCCUCACCUGAGGGCAUGAGCGAGAUCUACCUGCGGUGCCAGGACGAGCAGCAGUACGCCCGCUGGAUGGCCGGCUGCCGGCUGGCCUCCAAGGGCCGCACCAUGGCGGACAGCAGCUACACCAGCGAGGUGCAGGCCAUCCUGGCCUUCCUCAGCCUGCAGCGGACGGGCGGCGGGGGCUCGGGCAAUCACCCCCAGGGCCCUGAUGCCUCUGCCGAGGGCCUCAACCCCUACGGCCUUGUUGCCCCCCGCUUCCAGCGCAAGUUCAAGGCCAAGCAGCUCACCCCUCGGAUCCUGGAAGCCCACCAGAACGUGGCCCAGCUCUCGCUGACCGAGGCCCAGCUGCGCUUCAUCCAGGCCUGGCAGUCCUUGCCCGACUUCGGCAUCUCCUAUGUCAUGGUCAGGUUCAAGGGCAGCAGGAAGGAUGAGAUUCUGGGCAUCGCCAACAACCGGCUGAUCCGCAUCGACUUGGCCGUGGGUGACGUGGUCAAGACGUGGCGCUUCAGCAACAUGCGCCAGUGGAAUGUCAACUGGGACAUCCGGCAGGUGGCCAUCGAGUUUGAUGAGCACAUCAACGUGGCCUUCAGCUGUGUGUCUGCCAGCUGCCGCAUUGUGCACGAGUACAUUGGGGGCUACAUUUUCCUGUCGACUCGGGAACGUGCCCGUGGGGAGGAGCUGGAUGAGGACCUCUUCCUGCAACUCACGGGGGGCCAUGAGGCCUUCUAAGGGCUGUCGGACUGCCCUGCCCUGCUCACCACGUGCCACAGCCACUCCCAAGCCCACACUCACUGAGACUCACUGUCCCAUACCUGCUCCAGGCAGGCACUGAGCUAGGCACAUUCACCUGCUGUCACUGGCUUUGUGCAGGUCAGGGACCUGGCUGUGCUAGACUCUGCCAUCACCCAGGCUAGGGACAAGGGGCCCUGAGCUUGUGCAGCAUCCCCUUCCCCUUGUCUGAGUGGCUGAGGUCAACACCCCUGACCUAUGUGUAGUCCCUGAGUACACACACAAGACCAGAUAUAGCUACCAGAUGAUGAAUCAUGGUUUCAAACGAGUUUCUUUCUUGUUACUUUUUAAAAUUUCUUUUUUAUAAAUUAAUAUUUUAUUGUUGGAUCAUC